AAAAAAUCGUAUAACCUCACUUUUAUUCCGGCGCUGUUUUCUGUAAAUAUUUACAAAAUUAUUUUAUAAUGACUGAAUUAAUUGAAAAUGUAGAAAAAUUUAUUGAAGCAGAUAGUAAUAACUCUAAAGAUGAAGUGAAGGAAGAGUAUGCUUAUUUGGAAAAAGGAGGCUUCUCUUCAGAAAAUUUUAAAAUAAAGAUACAAGGAUUACCCAAAUUUUAUGGAAUAGUCGAACUGAAAAAACUGAUGAAUGAGACCCUUGGCCUCAACGUUAGUAAAAUAAAAAGGCUAAAGCAGUCCAGCAAGUGGUCAUUUGCCUGUUUCCAAAAUGAGGAAGAGAGGAGCAAAGCCAUAGUGGCACUGAAUGGCUAUUUCUGGAAAGGAAAAAGGUUAACAGCAGAAAAAGCAAAUCCAGCACCUGAUCCGCUGGUAAGAAAAAGAAAGCAAGAUGAAAUCAAUCAAGAUGUUAUAGACAAGAAGAAGAAGGACAUGGAGAAUAAGGACCAAGAGGAGAGAUUGAGGGAUGUCACCACACCCUGUUGGAGAAUCCCUUAUGAUGAACAGUUGUUAACAAAACAGAAAGUUAUAAUAGACCUGCUUAAGAAAUAUGAAAAUGAAAUAUGGCUUAAAAAUCCUGCUAGAAGAAGUGAGAUUGAAGCGAAGCGUAAACUGUUUAAUGGGUUAACUUUCGAACUGAUGGGUAUAAAAAGUUCCCCAGUCACAGAGGGUUACAGAAACAAGUGCGAGUUUAAUAUUGGUUAUGACGAGUUCAAGGAACUGACUGUUGGUUUCCGGCUUGGUAAAUAUAAUAAGGGGAACAUUUGUGUGGUACCCAUUAGAACUAUGUGUCACGUAUCGGAACCAAUGAAGAAGGCAGUUAUGUUGUUCCAAAACUACAUAAGGCAAUCAAAGUUACCACCGUACUCAGCCGUCGAUUACACCGGCCAUUGGAGAGGGCUGAUGCUUAGGCAUUCCUCAACUUCAGACGACAUCAUGAUGAUCAUUCAAUUUCAUCCGCAGAGUUUAACAGAAGAACAACUGGGUGAAGUUAAAAAGGAUUUGAUAGAAUACUUUAGCAAGGAGGACGCGGUAGCUUGUGGCAUCAAAUCGUUAUAUUACGAGCAUGUCAAAAAAAGGCUGCCCGGAGAAGAGCCUUCAAAACCAAUACACUUGAUGGGUCCCACACACAUCGUGGAUUCCAUAUUGGGGCUCCAAUUCAGAGUGUCUCCAGAGGCAUUUUUCCAGGUGAACACCAAAGCUGCGAACAUCCUAUACCAACAGGCAAUUGAUCUGAGUGAAGUGAAGAGUGAUGAAACUGUUGUGGAUAUCUGCUGCGGAACCGGAACUAUAGGGCUGUGCUUCGCUAAGUAUUGCAACAAAGUUUUCGGGCUUGACAGCGUGGCGGAAGCAAUUAAGGACGCCAAAGCGAAUGCCGAGCUGAACGGCAUCAAGAACUGUGAGUUCUUCGCCGGGAAGGCCGAGCAGAUACUGUCUACCGUACUGGAGAGGACCUCCAAGGAUGUGGUGGCUAUUGUCGACCCGCCGAGAGCUGGACUCCACAUGCGCGCCGUUACCCAACUCCGCAACACGAGGAACGUGAAGCGUCUCGUGUACAUAUCGUGCAACCCGGACACCGCCAUGAAGAACUUCGUGGACCUGUCUCGCCAGCGCUCCAAGACGCUGCGCGGCGCGCCGUUCGUGCCCGUCAGGGGCGUGCUCGUGGACAUGUUCCCGCAUACCAGGCACGUCGAGUUGGCCGUGCUGUUCAAGAGGGAAGAGGAACCGGAGUCAAGCAAUGUUGCGUCUGAGAUUAAUAGCCAAGAAAGUAAAGAGUUGAAAGAAGAUUUUUAUUCUUUUGUAUACUAAUUGUUAAUUCACUCAUUAUUGAGUAUCUUCAUCUACACUAUUCGUGUAUAAAGUGAAGCCUUAGCCGUUAGUACAAGGUUCAGAGUUGGCUAUACCUAUUAUUGAUAAGUAUAUAA